CAAGAGAUAGGUAACUUUCAAAUCUUCAACCACCGUAAUUGACAGAACAUCACGAGUCUUGGAACCGAAGUUCAUGAUUCCCGCUUUGCUAUCUCCCUCUUGUUUCCAAAGUCUCGGCUGUCGACUAUCUGUGAUCAUAUCAUCUGAAUCGCCAGCAACUACCUACUUGUACAAUGGAUAACGACACUCCACCACCCAUCCCACCCCGUCCUCCAGGAUGGGUGAGCAGUCCGCUCUCAAGCCCCGGGUCAUGUCCAGUACCAUCAUCGCCGCAACCACAAUCUGUGAAUAACGAGACCCCUCCUCCCCUGCCUCCAAGACGACCAACAAACGAGGAGCAACCACCAACGGUUCUUGAAAGGCAAUCAAGACCGUACAGCUACGUACCGCCGUCUCGAGAAAGCUCCGGCUUAAGUCCUCCUCCUCUGCCGCCACGCGUGACUCGCCGGCCUGUUCCGCAGCCGCAGCCUCAGCCCUCAUCACCGCAGUUUGAGCCAUUCCGCCCACAGCAAUUCCAGGCGCCAAAGUUUGAGUGUAAUCCACCGAGUCCGUUUCAGUCGCAAGCUGGAAAUCAGACUACGUCAGCGGACUUUGAGGCUUUCAGAGGACAAUAUGCGCCUUAUCAGCCGCAGCAGACCUUCCCGCCUCCUCCUCCUCCUCCUCCUCCUCCUCCUCCUCCUCCUCCCCCUUCCUCAUCCUCAUCCCCACAACCCAUCCCCUACGAAAAAUGGACCCCCCUCUUCCAACCCACCGGCGCGCCCAAUCCCAUUUUUAUAGCCCUCAUGAAAUCUUUCUUUGAGACGCUGGUCGCUCAGCAGACACCCGAAAUGAGGCCUGCUACUGGCAAUGAAAAUGGAAAUGGAGAUGGUAAGGGGAUGAUGGUAGUCAAUGGACAAAAGCUGUUUUUGAGUCCGGAAAAGUGUAGUGAGUUUUUGGAUGUGCAGGGGUUUGCGGUGGAGCAUAAUCUUUGGAAACUCAACAAAACCCCCUGGUCCUCCCUCCCCGCCAUGUCCCUCCCGGGGCUCCCCGACCCCUUCGCAGCCGUAACCCCCCUCGACAAAGCCGACUGGGAAUUCCGCUUGAUUCUCCAAGCCUUUGGCAUCCACCACCUCCCCAUCCCUCGUCCUCGCCCCUCCCCUCCUCCCUCUCACCGUUCUUCCGUGUCUACAAACCCCCUCAUCCCCUCCUGGCUAACAACCAUCCUCACCACUUCAUCUACCGAAAUCCCCGAAAGCAUGCGCGUCCUCGGUAUCGGCCAAACCCCCUUUUUAACAGAGCAGGGAUUCAUCAAGUACAUGGCUUUGGAAACGGCAGGAGAACCAGAUAGGGGGUUUGAGGGGGUGAAUGCUGCGUUGAGGUACUACGCUAGUUGUUCCGCGGGAGGAUCAGGAGGGGGACAAUGGGGAGAAUCAGGAGGGGGAGGAGGAAUAGGGGGAAUAGGGGGAAUAAAAAGGUGGAUGGAAAACCUAGGUCCGAUACCGAGGGACAUGUUUCCUGGUAGUUGUCCAAAGGAAAUCCAGAUGGCAGUGGAUGUCGGACAGGCAAAGCAUAGAAGGUUAUGCGAGGAGGCGGUGGCGGGGUCGAGGGCGUAUUGCGGGAUGGCGGCGGAGGGGAGGAGGCAUGCGGUGGAGCUGACGGGGGAUUAUAGGACUGUGAGGGUUGAUGAGUGGGGGAAUCGGAUUUGGUGAGUUGGUUGUCUACACUUGGGAGGAAUGGGUGGGGGGGCUACUGGUGUUGGUGUGAAGACUAAAUAGAAGUAGGAGUAACGGAGAGGAGGAGAGAGACGGAGGGAUGAUGUGUAAAGACACCUGAACAAGCCGACUAGGUACCUAAUAAUUUUGACUGUGGACGUUCCAAAACUGAGGUAGGUAACCUGCCCGUACCGUACCCACGGUUUCUUUGACGUACUACCCAAAUUCCCAUAGAUGUCCAGUGAAUGUUUACCUAAUCUAGGUUACUUAGUACUGCUUUCCAUGAUGAAAUACCUG